AUGGUGGACAAAUCCGUUCCCCAGCCGGGGCCCGCUCGACUGAGGAGCAAUGCUGGGCCGGAUGAGUGGCUGGAAGCUGCCAAAGACUGCAAAUAUCUGUCAGAACACCACAUGAAGCAGCUCUGCGAGAUUGUAAAGGAGUAUAUGAUGGAAGAGUCGAAUAUCCAGCCUGUUUCUGCUCCAGUCACAAUAUGCGGUGACAUCCACGGCCAAUUUUACGACCUCCUUGAGCUGUUCCGAGUUGCAGGCGGCAUGCCGAAUGAUAGCAAUGUCGAAUCCCCUAGAGCCCCACCCACAAUUAUCACCUCAGACGACCUUGAGCCGCCAUCCACGAUCACAAAUCCGAAAUUAAGAAAAAAAAUAAGGCAAAAUUUUGACGGACCAAACACCGGCGACGCAGAUGAGGGGGGAGCCCCAACACCUGGCCCAGAAGAGAAGUCCGAAGAUACGUCACAUGUGGGCGGUUUACCGAGUGGGAAUUUUAUAUUCUUAGGGGACUAUGUAGAUAGGGGAUAUUUUAGUCUGGAGACAUUGACUUUAUUACUUUGUUUGAAGGCCAAAUACCCAGACAGAAUUACGCUUGUUCGGGGCAACCAUGAAUCCCGACAGAUCACGCAGGUGUAUGGGUUUUACGAGGAGUGUUUUCAGAAAUACGGCAACGCCUCUGUAUGGAAAGCGUGCUGUCAGGUGUUUGAUUUUAUGACACUCGGGGCGAUAGUGGAUGGGAAGGUGCUCUGCGUACAUGGCGGUUUAAGUCCGGAGAUUCGAACUCUAGACCAGGUGCGAGUUGUUGCUAGAGCCCAAGAGAUCCCGCAUGAGGGCGCGUUCUGCGACUUGGUUUGGUCGGACCCAGACGACGUGGAGACAUGGGCGGUAAGCCCUCGGGGGGCCGGCUGGCUAUUUGGUGACAAAGUUGCUGAAGAAUUCUGCCAAGUGAAUGAUCUAACUCUGAUAGCGCGGGCGCACCAACUCGUGAACGAAGGAUACAAGUAUCACUUCCAGAAACAGAACGUGGUAACGGUGUGGAGCGCGCCUAACUACUGCUAUCGGUGCGGUAACAUGGCGUCAGUAUGUGAGAUAGGGGAAGACAUCAAGGUAACAUUCAAACUGUUUUCGGAGGUGCCGGAUGAUCUGAGACAUGUGCCCAAUAUGAAGCCGGGGAAGAGCGAGUAUUUUUUGUAG